AUGAACUCGCCCACCGCAACUAUCAAUGGUUUCACCAUCCGAAACCAUGCCAAACCCUACGAAGCAAUCUCACCUCAACGACCUGAGCUGUCCCAGGCCGGUCGAACUGUCCUCGUCUGCGGCGGCUCUACAGGCAUUGGCCAUGCAAUUGCACGAAAUUAUUGUAUCGCAGGUGCAUCAGCCGUCAUCAUCUUAGGUCGCCGUAGCGAUGUUACCGAAGAGGCUGCUUUCAAGCUGGACAAGGCUUACCCCGGCACCAAGGUCACCUGGCGUAUUUGUGAUCUGUUCAUUAGAGACCAGGCCAAACAACUCUGGGAUGAGUUGGAGAAGGAAAAGACUCCAAUCGACGUUCUCAUCGUCAAUGCCGUCGGUCAGCCCGAGCUUAAGCCAAUCCUAGAGCAAGGUGCAGACAGACUUUGGCAGGACUUUGAGAACAACGUCCAUGCUCCUUUAUACCUCGUUGAGAGAUUCUAUAAGCAACCCGGACAUACCAAGCAAAAGUUCGUCGUUUCGGUGUCAACCCAGGAUAUCCAUCGUUGGGACAGCGCACCUCAAAUGCCUGGAUAUCAGCUGACCAAGAAUUCCUUCGCCACCGUGAUGCAGCAGAUUGCUCGUGAUACGCCAGAGUCCGCUAUGCGCAUCAUUUCCUUCCACCCAUCGAUUGUGUUUACAGAAGCAGCAAAGAAGGCGGGAUAUACCGAGGACACUCUACCUUGGACAGAUGAGAAUAUCCCUGGCGGCUUCGCUGUCUGGGCUUCUUCCCCAGAGGCGGACUUCCUCCAUGGUCGUUUCGUCUGGUCUACAUGGGACGUGAAUGACCUAGCAUCUGGAGAUCUCAGGAAGCAGAUUGACUCGGACCCUUGGCUACUUAAAGUUGGAGUGAAGGGUUUUAACAAAGAUGCCGAAGUCAGUCUCUCCAUACAGAAGGGUCUUGUGUUAUAUGAAGAAUUGCCGAUGAAGUGUCCCAUCCCCAACCAGGAUGUACAGACAACUGAACUCCCAGCUUUCAAAGAAGUUAGCGUCCUCAAGAAAUGCCAAACCGACAUUUUUCUCCGCUUUGGGAGAGUCUACACGACAAGAGUCAUCGAAUUCGACCCUCAUUAUAGGUAUCCCGUCGCCGGGGCUCAUCAUGGCACAACUCUGUCCUUCACAAGCUCUCUGAAGAAGAAGCAGAUCGGGUAUCAUGGGGACUAG